UCAACCCCCAUUUCCUUUCCGUCCCCCUCUCCGCGCCGCCAUGGAUCCCGCCGCCGACGACGGCCGCUCACCUUCACCCGUCACGGACCCAGACGACGGCGACGGCGGCAGCGACAAGCCGCCCACGCGCGUGGAGGUCGUCGGGAAGGCCGCCAUGGAACCCUCGCCGUCGCCGCCGGACUCCACCGUCUCCGACGACCAAGUCGCCCUCUCCUCUCCACCGGGCACGCCCGCCCUGGACCCAGAAGACGGCGGCGGCAGCGACGACCUGACGCGCGCCGUGUCCCUGCUGUCGCUCGCGGAGGCGGGGCUCACCCUCACCGCCCCCGCGCCGUGGAUCCGUCCUCCCACGGUCACCAAGGGUGAACAAGCGGACGCACGCGAGGUUCCUCGUCACCCACACCCAGGCCGGGCUCAUCAUCGGGGCGGGCGGCUCCACUGUCGAGGCACGCUCCGGGGCCCGGGUCAGGCUCUCCCGCCACGACCAGCUCCUCCCCGGCACCGACCGCAGGGUCAUGCUCGUCUACGGCCUGCUCAGCCAGGUCAUGGAUGCCAUGGAUCAGAUCAGGUGAUUUCAUCCUCUCAAGUUGAUCAUUGGUUCUCGCAGGGUGACCAGGUGUCCGACUCUGAGGCCACAGUAGUGCUGGUGGUGCCUCAGCCCUGCUGCGGCAUGCUCAUCGGCAAAGGAGGAUCUGUUAUCAACCAAAAACUCCAAUGAGAUCACCUGUCAACAAGGAUGCCCAAGAAGAAUCUGUCACGAUUGCUGUUGCUGAUGAGCAUAUGGGUGCUGUUAUUGGUCGCGGUGGAAGGAUUAUAAAUGAGAUCAGCAAGGUAUUCUUAUUCAUCAUCACAAACAGUCAAGCAAAACUUUGUUUUUCUACUUGCGCUGCUCAUUGCCCUCUGCUCUGGUUAAGUGUCUAACAUGAAUGAAGUAUCUGUACAGUGCCCGGAAAUCUUGUUUUUGGACCAACUUGUCUCUCUAGAGGUGUUGCGUACGUCCUAGCUACUAGAUGAGUUGUGUUAAGGAAAGAUGGUUUUGUUUGGGUUACUGUCGUCCUAUAUAUAUGCGGUGCUUAAGUAAAGCAAGUCACUUGCAGCAAGAAGAGGGUAGUAGUAGUGUUCCUUACUCGUGAACACUGUAUAUGGCACCAUGCAUGUGGGUCUUCUAUGUAAGCUUGCACCAAUAUAAUUGGCAGGCAGAAGGUUCUCUAGUUUGUUAGUCAUAUAUAUGAUGGGUGGGGUUUGUUUGGGUCAUCAUGAGAUGUGAGGCCUGUUAAAAGUCGUUGGCAUGUGCACUAGGAAGGAAGGAACAUGCGUGCAUGGUGCAGUAAGUAUUAUUCCUGAAUGGUGGUUUAAUUGGUGCUGAGGUCUUUUAAUUUUUUUUAUUUUUUUGGCUUUCCUCUUCUUAUCAAACCUGUACAUAUGUGCAAGGCAUUGGAUAUUUUGGCUGAUCAUUGAGAUUUUGUUUGGAGUUGAGGUGAGCGGAGCAUGGAUCGACAUCUCAGGCAAGGGGGAGUUCAUACCCGGGACUCGCGACAGGUAGCGUUUUGCUGUGCUCAGGUUCUUUGGGUGUGUGGGGGAAAGGAUGCGUGAGUUUCGUUUGCUGAAGCAGCUGGUCGCCUGUACUGUACCGUAUGUAACCUGAGUCAGGUAAAUGGAUGGACGAUGCUGAUCAAUGCUGCUUGACCAAUUUUGCUUGUUAACAUUAACAUUACAUUGGGAUCUUGCAUGUGUUUGCUGCCUGGACGAUGGAUGGAUGGAUGGAUGAUUUGGGAUUUGGGAUUUUCAACAAAGCCAAGGUGUUUGAUACUAGAAUCUUAUCUCCCCUGAAUGUUGCCUUGCCCUCCUUGAUCUUUUUUUGUUGUUGGUUCGAUUGAAUUUGCAACUUACUUUAGAUGAUUUAUUUUUUCAAAAAAUGGGGGAUUUAAUUUCAUCUUUUGGAAUUCCUAUAUGCACUGUCUUCCCACACCACAAUUUCAUGAUAUCAUGCCCUGUUCUUUCUCUUAUCUUGUUCUGAUUUUCUGUGUUGCAAAAAGGAAAAGGGGCUUAAAUCGCCAAUAUUUUUUGAAUAAACUUAUAAUGCAUGAGAAUAUGAUUUUUUUUUCUGAACAGGGGUGGGAAAUUUAAAAAAAACAAAAUGGUGUGGCAGUAAAUCUCACAAACAAAAAACUAUGAAAUAAAGAAACAACACAAAGGUUUCUAAAAAUUCCAAAGAGGUC